AUGUCUCAACAUCGCAUUAAAAAUGAGAAGAACAAAUAAAAAUAAAAUGUUUAUUAUAAACUUAAAAAUGCAUAGAAUAAUUUUAGCAUUAGCAGUGAGUUUAUUUGUAAUACAAACCACAAAUGCUGGUUACACUAGCGAAGAAACUGAUGAGAAAUCAAAAUCUUUAUACAGUGCAGUGACUUCGAUAUUGGGUUCUACAGAAAGUAGUAAACAUCAUCAGAAACAUAUUUACGAUAGCCCACCAUGCGCCAGUGGUGGAUGCUCAGGCGCUUUGAGUCCAUGUAAUAGUGCGACUGGUUGUUCACAUCCGACAGGUGCAGUAUAUAACAGUGGUAUUGGUUAUUCAGCAAACCAGGGUGUACAUUCUGCUCCAAGUGUUUAUACGAAUGGUGGUUAUGCGCCUUCUUCGGAACAUGUUAAUUUACCAGCAGUUCCACCACCAUCUCACGCGGCUGCUCAUAGAUCUCCACUGCCAUAUCAAGCUCCAUCGGGAAUAUAUGUUCCUACCGUUUCGGGUAACGGAUCUCCCUACAGGCCACCAAUAUCAACAGUUUCACAUCAGGGAGGCUAUGCUUCUACCGGUUAUACAAAUCCUGGUUCACCAGCACCAUAUCCUCAUUGGAAUAGUAAUCCUAGUCAAUACGGUUAUCACGGUCCACGUGGUUAUAGCGUUUAUGAUCAUUCAUUAAAAACAAAUUCCGAAUACACAGAGGUCGGCACUCAUACAGGACCUUUACAACAAGCUAAUAACGGUUAUGGUUAUGGCAGUGGCUACGGUGGUGGUUACAAUGGUCUUUUCAAUAGACCAGGAUUUUAACAUAAGAAAUAUUAAUAGAUAUUAAAUUAUCAUAUUUACUUGCUAUGUGUACCAUACGUUUUAUCAGAAGAUCGAAUAAAAACGCAUUUGUAUU